CAGCCAAUCGCCUCCCUUUUUUUGAACGCUAGCAAGGAGGAAAAAAAGAGAAGGCCUACCGUAGCCGUAGAAACGCAUUCAAGGGUAGCCAAUCGGGAGCGAUCGAACCCAGCCAGGCGGCCAAUGAGAGCGGCGGGUGCGAAUUUUAAACUGGCGGCGAGAGCCAUCGGACACGCGUGCAUCAAACGGAGGCAGGAAGGCCGGCGGGCGGUUGUGAAAAACUAGUGCUGCAGGAAGCCAAAGCCGGAGCCAUGGCGUUGCGGGUGACUCGGAACACAAAAGUCAACAUGGAGAACAAAACCAAGCCUGCAUUGGCAGCCACCAAGUCAGUGGUCGGAGUUGCCAAGCCCAUCUUGAGGUCUAGGACUGCCUUGGGAGACAUUGGCAACAAGGCCUGCGAAGCAAAGCCCAAGGACGCUGCCAAAAAGGAAACACUAAAUCCUGCAGUUGUGGAGAAAGUUACCAUUCGAAAAACUACAAGACCAGUUGAAAAGACUAUUGUGCCUGUAAAGGAAGAAAAGCCAGUCCCAGAACCUGUUCAGGUGAGGCCUCCCUCCCCUAGCCCCAUGGAGACUUCUGUUUCUGAACCAGGGGAGGAGAUCCUGUGCCAGGCUUUCUCCGAUGUUCUUCUGGAAGUGAAUGAUGUUGAUACGGAAGACGGUUGCGACCCAUACCUCUGCAGUGAAUAUGUGAAGGAUAUCUACAACUAUCUCAAAGAUCUUGAGAGUCAGCAGGCAGUGAGACCAAGCUACUUGGUAGGCCAGGAGGUCACUGGAAACAUGAGGGCAAUCCUAAUUGACUGGCUUGUGCAAGUCCAAAUGAAGUUCAAGCUCUUGCAAGAGACUUUGUACAUGACUGUUGGAAUAAUUGAUCGUUUUCUGCAGGACAACAAAGUAGCUAAGAGGAUGCUGCAGCUGGUUGGUGUAACAGCCAUGUUUGUUGCCAGCAAAUAUGAAGAAAUGUAUCCUCCAGAGAUUGGUGACUUUGCCUUUGUGACUGAUCAGACUUACACCAAACUCCAGAUCAGACAGAUGGAGAUGAAGAUCCUACAAUCUCUUGAUUUCAACCUGGGUCGCCCUCUUCCCCUGCACUUUCUACGGAGGAUCUCAAAAAUUGCAGAGGCAGAUAUACAACAACACGUACUGGCAAAAUAUCUGAUGGAACUCUCACUGGUGGAUUAUGAAAUGGUACACUACCCUCCUUCUCAGAUUGCUGCUGCAGCCUUUUGUUUAUCCUCUAGAGUUCUUGAAGAAGGGGAGUGGACAUCAACUCUGCAACACUACAUGAAUUAUGCUGAGAUUGAUCUUGUUCCUGUUAUGCAGCACAUGGCCAGGAAUGUAGUGCUGGUAAACAAAGGCCUUGCAAAGCACAUGACUGUCAAGAACAAGUACUCAAGCAGCAAGCAUGCGAAGAUUAGCGCCCUUCCUGCACUCAAUUCUGGAGUCAUACAGGAUCUGGCUAAACCAUUACUGAAAUGAAUCUGAUUGAACUGUUGGGCAGAGUUGACACCAUGUGUCGCUAAUGUGUGUGUAUAUGUAAAUGCUUUCGUUUAAAGCUUUUAAUAAACCUUCCCUUUUACUUUUACAACUUUAUAAUGACUAAAUGGGAGGGGGGGACUGUAUAAAUGAAUAUUUUGUGUAUUAGGUUGCUAUCUUAAUAAAUGAGUUAAAAUAAAUCCUGCAUGAGAGUGAAGUACUGCUUGCCCAACAGUUAUAAAAACAUGCUGUGGGAUUGUAUUGUCUUAAAUGUUUACUGUGCUAGCUGGGUAGAUUUUAAGUUGUUUCUUUAACUACAAGGAAAGUUUCAAGAAUGGUCAUUCAUCUUCCAAUAGAUCACUCAAGCUUUCCCUCUUUGCUUAAAAUUUAUUGCACUAACGUUUUGUGCUCCCUGUUUUAAAGUAUAGUUGCAUUUAGGUUGAGACAAAAUAUAAGUAACAUGUAACAUCAGAUCAGAUGUACUUAAAUUUGCUUAUUUAGAUCUGUUGCUAGUGCCCAGAAUAUCAAAACUACUGUGUCCUUUUUCAGUUGUAAAACACUGUCCUUGAGCUAAACAAAAGAACUGAAAUGGACAACUUUUGUGUCUGUCUGGGCCUUUCCACCAUUGACUUGUUUAAUAAAUGUUCCCAAUGUUCUGCAAA